AUGAAUAGUAUGUUUAAACAAUUGUCAAGAAAGUUUUGCACUGCGGCUGCACAUGUUCCUGUGAUGUCUAAAGAAGUUCUACAUUUUUUAAAACCAGAUGUAAAUCAGGUCAUUUUGGAUAUGACGUUUGGUGCUGGGGGUCAUAGCAGACGAAUAUUAGAAAGUGCACCAGGUAUUAAGUUACUUGCAUUAGAUAGAGAUCCAGUUGCAUGUGGUUAUGCAAAAAAAAUAUCUGAAGAGUUUCCUAACCAAGUAAUACCACUGCUAGGACGUUUUUCUGAAGUCCCUGAUUUAUUAAAAAGUAACAACAUUAGACAAAAUUCUAUUGAUGCUAUUUUAUUUGAUUUUGGAUGUUCUUCAAUGCAGUUUGAUACCCCAACUAGAGGAUUUUCUAUUUCACAUAAUGGUCCGUUGGAUAUGAGAAUGGAUGGUGACAGAUUUCCCGAUGAUCCCACUGCAGCUGAUGUGCUGGCUGUAGCUACUGAAGAAGAUCUUUAUAAAAUCAUAAAGGUGUAUGGAGAAGAAAAAAAAGCAAAGAAAAUAGCUCGAACUAUAGUUGAAGCUCGCUAUUUGUUCAAAAACUUGAUGACAACACAAGACUUGGCUGAUCUGGUAGAUUCUGUAUUUGAUGAUGAAAUUAGACUGGAUAAAUUACAGAGACCUUCACACAAUGCAACAAAAACGUUUCAAGCUUUAAGAAUUUUUGUAAAUAAUGAGCUGAAUGAAAUUAAUUAUGGUUUACUUAUUGCCCAUAAAUAUUUGAAACUAGGGGGUAGAAUAGUAACUCUUACGUUUCACUCAUUGGAAGACACAAUUGUGAAGCGCCACUUGCUAGGAAAUGUUAUUGCAUAUACUGCGAAUCCACUUCCUUUGAAAUUUAGUAGUCACCACAGUACUGCUGGUGACAGUAUAGUCAAAGAUGUUAUGGAAUGUAAUUGGAUGAGCUUAGUCAAACAUGUUGUGGUGCCAAAGUAUGAAGAAAUUGAAGAUAACCCCAGAAGUCGGUCUGCCAAGUUACGUGCUGCAGUGCGAAUUAGGUAAAUUAUUGUAGUAAAAACAAAUUUUAAUAACCUGUAUUUUAAAUAUGGUAAUAAAUUGUGAUCUUUCAUAUUUCUA